GCUGCGGGCGUCUGGCAGAGCGGGUCGGGCUCAGUGCGGUGGCCCCGGGACCGGCUCGGCGCCUCUCCUCCCGGCCGGCAUCGGCCCCUGCUCGCCGCGUCACCCCCGCCAUGUCCGGCCGAGGGAAAUCCGGCGGCAAAGCGCGAGCCAAAGCCAAGUCGCGCUCCUCCCGGGCCGGCCUCCAGUUCCCGGUGGGCCGCGUGCACCGGCUCCUGAGGAAGGGCAACUACGCGGAGCGGGUCGGGGCCGGGGCACCCGUCUACCUGGCCGCCGUGCUCGAGUACCUGUCGGCGGAAAUCCUGGAGCUGGCCGGUAACGCCGCCCGGGACAACAAGAAGACGCGGAUCAUCCCCCGGCACCUGCAGCUCGCCAUCCGCAACGACGAGGAGCUCAACAAGCUGCUGGGCGGGGUGACCAUCGCCCAGGGCGGCGUCUUGCCCAACAUCCAGGCCGUGCUGCUGCCCAAGAAAACCCAAAGCUCCAAGAAAUGAGCCCCGAGCCACCCGCAUUCCCAGAAGGUCAAUCGGUCCGCGAUGCGGUGCAGCCAACAUUGGCGUUCCCCUCGUGUCCUCUCCGUGUGCCCACUCUCCGCCCCGGCCCCCAUCUUCCCUCCAUUGCUGCCGUGGGGCACUGCCCUCCUGACCCCCGUGUGCUAGCUUUGCAGUCCUGCAGCAGGGGAGGUUUUAGCUCUUAUCACAGGCUCAUCAUCAUUCUGGAAUUCUUUCCCUUCCUCUCCAGCCCCCAGCAAGGGGGGAGGUAAGGAAGCAAGCAAGCAGUCUGAAUUUGAAAUAAUAAUCAUUAAUAAAAAGCCCUUACCCGGGUGCCAGCACCCUGCCUGGUGCUCCUAGAUUGCUUUCUGGACUGUUAGGCUGCAAAGCUAUCCUUCCAGGGUUGCUAGUCAACAACUCUGUUCUCAGAGCAGCAUCUGUAGGGUUGGUGGCUUGUUUUUCUGGACCUGCUCACAUUUGGUUGGAAGAAGUGUUUGGGAGAAGGAAGAAUUGGUUGGUUCUCUCUCUUUCCCUCCCGCUCCGGAGGGUGUAACUAACUGUAAGGGAAAAUAUUUUGCACAGUGAAAACUCCAGCCUGGAGCAGGAAGAGACUGGGCUCGGUCAAUACUCUUUUUAUUUAUGUUGUGUUUGUGGAUGUAACCGAAGAUACCAUGCCUUUCCUUUGUAUUGUACCUGGAUAUUAUUUGGGGGGUGGGAGAAUCAUGGAGGGUGAUCUCUCCCUAUUGCUUAAAUUUUGCACGAAUGAUCUACUUUACUUUCUCACCUUGCUCCAUGCAGGAGGUAGGGAAGUUCAGGAGGGUGAUAAUUUUACCUGUUGCUGCUGCACAUCCCCAGAAAUGUGAUCACAAAUGGACUUAGUAAGGACAAGGAGGGUGGGAGGCCAGGAGACUUUCCAAAUGUGAAAAAGAAGGUAUCUGAAUGACUAGUUCAUCCUAGAAACAGAUACAAGUCUUGUUUUGUCCAGUGGUAUAAGCGAAGAUGUCAUCAACUGUAAAAGAACCCUAACUUGAGUCUCCUGUUAAGUUUUGAAUCCCUUACUGUAGCUGUCUGGCUGAGUUCAUGCACUCAGUGGACUAGUAGGAUUUAGUUAUUUCUCAUUAGUUAGUGUGGGUCCUGUAUGGUUUGGGGGAAAGGGUGCACUUGAAAAUACUCUAAAAGAGCAUUACAAGGUCAUGAGUUUACCAUUGGCAGGGAAUGGAAGCUGCCAUUGGUUUCUUUCCUUUUUUGGUCCGAUUAAUAGCCUUAUGUUGCAGAACCUCUUACUUUUAUUGAGAAUUUAGCACUUGUACCCUAAUUGCACUUUAUAAUGACAUGCAGUGUUUUUGUUCAUCACUACUUCUGGGUCUUAAAAUGAAGUGCUAAUUAUACAUCUGUUAAUAGUAAUCCUCCUUAAUGGAUUAAUGUUUCUUUUUUUAAAAAACCUAUAAUUUACAUAAAGCAAAUAUAUAGUUAAUGUGGUGGUUAUUAAAUGGCUAUUUGGCUAAUGUAUGAGCAUGGAAGUCAGCCUAGCAGUCCCUGUGACACAUAGUAGCUGUGAUCUGAUAGAAAUUGGUAUAAAGAGCAACCUUGUUCCUUAUUGUGAGGGCAGCUUGUUUAUGUGGAAGGUUGAUAGAAUCAUGUGCAUGCAGCAGUGUCCAGGCUGUUGGACAGUAGAACUUCAUAAUCUUCUUAAAGUGCAAUGGACAACUGUGUCUGUGCUGUAGGUGGAACACAUGCUACUUAUCAAAUCAGAUCUUAAUUUUGUAGAUGAAGUAACUUGCUCUGAUUCAAUUAUUAUCUAGAGUAGAUUAAUUUGGAUGCCUGUAAGUGGUUUUAUGAAGGGGUUUUUCACUCCAUUGUAGAAUGUGGAAAAGGUAUAUUACUAGAGUACUGAUUAGUAAUAAUGGAGAAGUAAACUUGAUAUGGCGCUGGCCACGGGGAAUUCUGUGGUUUCACCCCUCCUCAGUGCAGGCCUGGGGGAAACUGUCUGUCUUGUUUCUGGGCAGCUGCAUCUUACUGCUGUUGCAUGGGACCCAUUUGGGUUUUUCCUUCUGUAAACUGAGCAUUGUCAUACUGGGGUGGAUGCAGGAGGCAAUUAGGAAUUUUUCUUUAUAUACAAACCACUGUUUAGAGAAUGGAGACUCUAAAAUGUCUCUGUAUCUCAGUGUCUUGUGUUCUUUUGUUUCUCUAGGACCAGCAUUCUAUACGACUCAAAGGAGAUUGCUUUGUAUUUCUUAGAAAAUGCAGAACUUGUGAUACUGAAAAAAAGAACAAUGCAAACCCAAAAUCUGAUUAAACUGGUUCAGUAUUGAA